GAGGAGGGGGAGGAGAAAUAGGAGAAGGAGGAGGAGAAAGAAGAGGAGGAGGAGGAGGUGAACAACUUACCCCGCUGAGCUUUCUUUGGGGAAUACGUGCAUCAAGGUUUAGAUCUGCAUGUAAAAUCCAUACAAAGUAUCUGACACUACAAGUCUGACUCUCCUCCCUACCCCGUUUGUUUGUUUGUUUUUUUCUUUCCCUUUUCUCUGCUGUCAGAAAGACUGAAACAGAACUAUCUCUGUUUCUGGCUCCACUGCCAGUGAAGGAGUUUUCAUUCAGACUUUCCGAAGAGAGGUGGAGAAACCUAAAGACUCAGGAGAAGAAGAGGUCCUUUGAGCCAGAUGGGGCAUUAGUUCUUCUGCUUUUCUCAGCAUGGAUAAGCCCUUUCUUCAAGGAUUUUCUGAUGCGCCCUAAGAUCCAUGUAACUACAAGGGCUCUUUAUCACCACAAGUGCCACCCUGACCCAAAACCACUCAGAACUCAAGAAUCAAGGCAAAAUGGAUGCCACAGUGACAGAUGAUUUCCAACAAAUCCUGCCUAUUGAACAGCUGCGCUCUACUCACGCGAGCAAUGAUUAUGUGGACCGUCCUCCAGUCCCCUGUAAACAGGCCCUCUCCAGCCCUUCCCUUAUCGUGCAAACCCACAAAUCUGAUUGGUCCCUGGCUACCAUGCCUACUGCUCUCCCACGCAGUCUCAGCCAGUGCCAUCAAUUGCAGCCCUUGCCUCAGCAUCUGAGCCAAUCUAGCAUUGCCAGCUCAAUGUCCCAUAGCACCACUGCCUCUGAUCAAAGGCUCUUGGCCAGCAUUACGCCCUCACCUUCAGGCCAGUCCAUCAUCCGAACCCAGCCUGGAACAGGAGCCCACCCAAAGGCUGAUGGUGCUCUGAAGGGAGAAGCUGAGCAAUCUGCAGUGCACCCCAGUGAGCACCUCUUCAUCUGCGAGGAGUGUGGGCGCUGCAAAUGUGUCCUCUGUACGGCAGCUCGCCCUCUCCCCUCCUUCUGGCUGUGCAACCAGCGUUGCCUUUGCUCCGCUGAGAGCCUCCUCGAUUAUGGCACUUGUCUCUGCUGUGUUAAGGGCCUCUUCUACCACUGUUCUACUGAUGAUGAAGACAACUGCGCUGAUGAGCCCUGCUCCUGUGGGCCUGGCUCUUGCUUCGUCCGCUGGGCAGCCAUGAGCCUCAUCUCCCUCUUCUUACCCUGCCUGUGCUGCUACCUGCCUACCCGUGGAUGCCUCCAUCUGUGCCAGCAGGGCUAUGAUAGUCUUAGGCGACCAGGCUGCCGCUGUAAAAGGCACACCAACACUGUGUGCAGAAAAAUCUCUUCUGGUAGCGCGCCCUUCCCCAAGGCCCAGGAGAAGUCUGUAUGACCUUCCCACAAGAGGGAUCCAGUGCUUUCUCCUUCUAGGCCCCAUCAAUAAAGCAUAGGCCUCAUCUUUGAAGAAGGGGAGGAGGAGAAAAGUAGCCAAGCCAAAGUUAGGGCUCACCAAUUUCGUUCCUGCAGUGUCAGGGGAAUGGUCAAGUACAUCCUGGUGCAGGAUGCCUUGCUCUUUCUCACAGUAUCUAUCCCACUCCUCCUCAGUCUUUUUACACCCACCAUCUCAGCCCUUAUGGCUGUCAUGGCAUAUUCAGGUGAUAUAUAAGCAUGAGAUUUGGACACUGAGGGCUGACAGAGCCAGCAACGUGGAGGUUUAGGGGCUCCCCAACGUAGUACCUCUCGAUGCAGGCUCUGAGUGUCACUCUGCUUUCCACAGUGCCUUUGGAAGCUUUCUUCUUAGAUGGUUUUCACAGGUCCACGUGGAACAGUGUUCAGUAUUCCAGGGAAUCUGACCCCUUCUCCGUCUACCGCCCCUCUGGUCUUUAGUCUUUUUCUCAUUUUCUCCUCUUCUUGCAUUACUCUGUUCUGUUCUCAUUCCCACUCCAUUCUCACCCUCUCUACUUUUACUUUUCCUCUCUUUUCUUUCUCCCUCUCUGCUUUCUUCUCCUUCCCUCCCUUUCUCUCAGACUAAUCCUUUCUCUGCCUGUAUUUCUGUCUUGUUUGAUCUAAUCUUUGUCUCCUUCUACCUGUCCCUCUUUCUCUCUCUAACACGUCAAAAAGUGCUGUUUUUCCGUAGGUGUUUCCUUUGACGCCAAACUUUGCUGUUAUACUAGUUACUAAUUUUUAUUGAGGGAAAUUGAUUACUGUAAUGAACUUAUCACUAGCAAUAGUGUGUGUGCACUCAUAACCACACUCGCCAGUUUAUGAGCAUAUGAGGCAAACUUAUCUUACAUUUCCAGGUUUAAUUAGUUGAAGUUUUACUCCCUUUCCCAAUAAUCAACUUACAGUACUGACAGAUUCCACUAGCAUGCUGAGUAGGAUAGUAAAUCAGGAUGCUCAUAACUUUGUAUGUCUGACCCAAGUGCCAAAGGCAGACGUGCUUUAUAGCUAAAUGAACAAAGCAAAGGAUAUUACAGAGGUCUGUUCUCUCUUAGAAGCUAACUGCCCUGAGACUGCAUGGCUCAGGCCUUAAUAAUGGACAUAAAAAGUCAUAAAACUUUAGAGCUGGAAGGAUCUUAACUGUUAAUCUAGUUCAAUGCCCUUAUUUUACAGAUGGGAAAACUGAGGCCUGGAAAUAGGAAGGGAUCUGCCCAAGGCUACACACUGAGUUAAUAGAGUUGGGCCUGGCAUACAGGUCUUGUGACUCUUGGUUCAGUAUUCUCUAUUAACAAUGACAGAAAGCCAUUCCCAUUCAAUUUUCAGGAAUCAUGCCAAGCUAGUGUGGUGGUCUUUAUGUGGGGCACAGUGGGUAGCUAACUUUCAGGUGUCAAGGCUGCCCCCAGUGAACAUCACCUUUGGCUCUGUCACCUUGUAGAAGCUCAAGUGUGCAAAAGAAAAGCUUAAGGAAGCCCUAAUCAAGCUGUAUCUUCGCCAUUGCACCUACCCUUUGCUACACACUGUGCUUGCUCCUGGCUUUGUCUGCAGUGGCAGUUGCCUGAGAACCUAAAUUUCAGCAACAGUGGAAAACUGAGAUGAAAGAUGUAUAAUGCAGAGAACUGACUUCUCUCUUAUGAAAUACCAAGAGUUUGUGCUGUGAAUCCCCUUCAAUGGGAAAAGGCUGCAGUGGUGAUAGCAGGCUCCUAAGGACUGCUGCUGAAAGAUGCAAGAAUUAGAUACAGUUUCCCUCUGUAAGUGAAUCCAGAAUUCACUACAGAAUUCAAAGAUUGAGGGCACUUGCUUGAAAUCAAGGUGCUCCAACUUAGUUUAAGACUUCCAGACUCUAGCUUUAUAUAUCAUCAUCUCUUUUAAAGUGUGCAUGGGUAUGUAUUACAGGGUGGAAAGGUGGGGAGAAAUGUAUAGUCAUACACAGGGGGAAGAAGAAGGGAACAUCCACGUCCCCUUGUCGGCUAUAUACUAUAGGAAUACGUGCCACUCAGUCUUUGUUGGUUCUGAAUCUCCCUGAAGUGUACUGACAUUUGGGCUGCAGAGACCCUCACCUUCUCUUUCACCUCCUCUUCUAGAAUUGCUUUGCUCUAUUUUUGUAUAUAUAAAUAUGUCAUGAUGAUUAUUAAUAAUGUUAAUGAUAUCGCCGCAAAUGGUGCCACAUGCAAGGUUUGGCUUCUUGGAACAUUUAUAACCCGAACCAGUACCUGCCACCUCUCAUGUUGCUUUCAAGUCCUUCCAUUUAAGUAACUUCUUUUUACCUUACAAGUCUGCCUGAUUGACCUUUGAACUUAGCCACCCCUAAAAGCUGUGCCCGGUUUUCUGGGUCAAGCUGGAUGGUGAUGAGUAGCAACACACACUUCUCUUCGCUUCUGCCUGAAAUUUGCUUAAAGCUGAGAUAAGUAAGGAUUCUGACACUAGUGCAUUGUUCCUGGAGCUAAAGUUAUUCUAUGGAUGUUUGCUGAUUAGUUUCAGGACCCAAAACAACACAAGUCCCUCCUCCUUGAUAGCUCCUUCAUAUCUCAAUCCUGCAGUCCUUACUCAGGCAAAUUGUGCACUGCCAGAGGCUCUGGGCUCUGCCACACACCCAAAGGAGCUCUUCUCAGUGUAUUUCUAAAUGGCCUUACACUUGGUAGAAGAAACUGAACGGUUACGCCAAUGCAGUUGCAGUCUGCAAUCUGCUGAGUCAGGGCUCUCAUUUGUGUCCAAGUUGGCCUGAUAUGGACUGCAUCUGGUUUAUGUAUAGAUGGGUCCUGUUGGGGUAUGCGCACAGACAUGUGAGUGUGCAUAUAUAUCCCCUCUGUGAGAUAUAUAUAUAUAUAUAUAUAUAUAUAUAUAUAUAUAUAUUUACAUAUAUAUAUGUAAAUAUAUAUCCACACAUCUCUAUAUAUUUUAAUGUAUUGCACAUGUAUAUUUAAAAUAUAUAUGAAAGAACUCUAAAUCCUGCAGAGAGGCUCUGUUUUCAUUAUUUUUCUACUUUGUGUCAUGUACUGUAUAAACAGGAAUAUCUAGAGGAUGUUUCCUGCUUAGCAUUUUUUUGCAGUUAAAUCAUCUGUUACCCCCUAAAUCUACUGCUUUCCACAUAUUGGUCCCUUGAUACAUUUCAUAUGGCUUUAGCCAAAAGUUUGUUGUUGUUGUUGUUCCAGCCCAUCUUUCCUCAUCACAACAGCUAUAAUAAAUGUAGUGAGCACUUACAUAGUGCUUACUAUGUGCUAAGCACUAUUUUAAGCACAUCACCUAUAUUAGCUCAUUUAAUCCUCACGGCAACUCUGCAAUGUAUGCACUAUUAUGAUUGCCAUGUUACAAAUGAGAAAACUGAAGUACAGAGGGGCUAAGUGACUUGUCAAAGGUAACAAAGCUUGUAAAUGCUGGAACUAAGAUUUGAACCUAGGCUGUCUGACUCCAGAGUCCAUGGUCCAGAGUCAGGUAUAGAAGUCCAGAGCAUAAUAUAAACCCCUGUGGUAUAACAAGCCUCAAACGGUGAAUGCUUCUGUCCCUAACUCCAGUCCACCUGCAGCCUGAGAGUUGAAACAAACAUGCUACUAUGUUAGGAGUGAAGCAAUAGUUACAGACAUCAUAUUAUUAGCUGUCUUGCUUCCCAAGAUGGUGGCAUUACACACUUCUCCACUUUUCCCUUUGAAAACAUGUUUGCAGCCAGUUACCGUUUCUCAAUCAGCUUAUGGUAUGGAGCCAGUAGAGAAAUUUUUUUACUUUGCCAGAGAGGGUAAGAGUUUACUUGGCCUUCUCUUUAAGGGCCCAGGAAAUCUAAUUCAAUUUCUUUCUGAAGAAAGUAGAACUAAAUCUAUGUUUGGCACUUGAGAUUGGUUGGAGCUGUUAACAUUCAAGCUCAUUGAUUAUACUGAGUGCAUUUUGCUGAUUCAAAUGUAAGUAAUCCACUGAUGUCCAUUGGUCAGUAUACCACCUUACCUCUUCCCAUCACCUACUUCACACAGACAUUAUUUCAGAGCCAGAAAGACCCUUAAAGAACAUCUAUUCCAACAUCAACAUUUUAUAGUUGGAGGAAAAGAUGCACAAAGAGAGAAAAUAACCUGCCAAAGUCACACAGUUAUAAGUUAGGGUGGAAUUAUGACAAUUCCAGAUUUCCUAGUUGCCAGAUUCCCUGGUCUGAGUUUCUUAGAAAAUAGAGCUUGAAGCAAGAGCUUAUGUGAAAUCCCAAGGAAGUAGGAGCAAGGAAAAAGAGGUAGGGAAGGAGGGAGAAUAACCUGUUUCAUGACAAGCUAACUUCUCAAUCUCUUAUGAUAGGCCAUACUGUAUCUCAGCCCAUCUGCGUGAGGAAAGGGGAAGAAUUCAACUCCUAUCUCCCAUCUCAUUAGUCAAAUACCUUCCCUGUGGAAAAUUAGCUCCCCUGCACUUUUGGGUAAUGCAUGUGUGGGUGCCCAAGCAUGUACCUUGGCAUCUUAAGCCUCAGCAGCAAUGGGGUAGCAUUACAGACAGCAAGGCAAGUGUGCGUAUAAAGGGAGACAUAUGAACUUAAACUGGUACACUAGGCUGGUGCUUUUCCCUUACAUCUUUAUUCACUUUCAUUCAAAGUGAGUUAGAGAUAGCCUACAAUUUUUAAAGUAUAUAAGGCUUUAUUGUGGUGCUCAGAAACAUACUAAAUUUGCCUUCCUAAACCUAUAUAUUCCCCGACUUGUUUUUAAGGACUUCUUUCUGCAUGGAAAUGAAGUUCCUAGUUCAACUAGAGAAGUAACAAUCUAGGCCCAUAUCCUUAUCUUGACCCUUAAAGCAGUGUUGCUGCUUUCAAAGGCCAGAAUGAACAAGACACACAGCUUUCAAGGAAAGACAUCUUGCGAGUGACGCUGCUCAUUGUUGUUUAGGGAUCUUUCUGUCAUUACAAUCAAAGUGAUGUAUGUUGCUCCCACAUAUACUUGCUGGCCAGUUCCCUGUAAAAGAAGGGGGUAAUCCUGACACACAAGUUGUCAUUCUCCAACUAUUAAAGCAAUCCUUUUGGCUGUACUAGAUAAUGGUCAUGUCUCUGAUAAUAAAAGACACAGAUGACAAGGAUUAGGAAACCCCCAAGUCCUUGAAGAACUGACCAACACUGCUGUUGCCAGUCACUAAGGAAAGAAAACAGAGAUAAUCCUUCAGGUGAACACCCUAGUUUUAUUAAUACAGGGCUUUAACCUCAAGUCACCUGUAUGUUCUAUUGUGAUAAGAUGAGGUGACCCGUAAAUGCAUCCUAAGGGCUCAUUUUGAACCUAUGUCCUAAGGCCUAAACUAAGGGAGACUGAAUGACGCCCUUGGCCCCUUUCUCCUAGGUCCACACUUUAAUCUUAGCCUUCAAAGUCUUACCACUCUGGUGACAAAAAGAAACACUAAAAGGGAAAGGAACACUAAUUUUUAUAAUAUCAGAAAUUAGUUGGCUUAAUUUUACUCUGUAAAAGUUUUAAAGGAUCCCCUUCCAAUGGGUGUUAAGGCCUCCCAAUAAGGAGAAGGCUCCAGGCCCAUCGUAAUACAUAAGGUAUACUGAAGGAAAAAGAGAAAAAAGUAGUGUGAAGUAAUACUGUAUGUAGGUCCAGAAAGAAAAACAAAUGUUAAGAAAAAGCUAUGUGAAAGAAAAAAGCUCUGUAAUCAGUUUGUUUCUCUCAUCCAAAACUCCAUUUUAUUAACCUCUUGGCUCUGUUGUAUAUUUAAACUCCUUUUUGUCCUUGACUUGUAGCAGCAUUCGUUUUUUUUUCAAACUCCUACAACACUUCCACUGGAA